AUGAUCUCUUGGAAGAAGCUCGUCAAGCGCGCGCUCAAGGGCGAUUGCCAGAGAGCCGAGACGAUCCAGGAGCUGGGAGAGAUCGUGAGGAACGUCGGGAGGAGCAGCAGUCUUGCCGAUGCGAGGCUUGUCCACCGGAUCAUUGCCGAUAGCCGAUUCAAGGACAGCAGCCGCUACCUCUCCCAUCUUAUGAUCGAGAUGUUUGGCAAGUGUGGCAGCGUGGAGGACGCCAAGUCUGUUCUUGACGCCAUGGAUUCUCCAAACGCGCGGUCCUGCAGCGCGAUGAUCCAGGCAUAUGCCGUCAAUGGGUAUCUUGAUCACGCCGAGAGAAUGUUCGAAGAGCUCCACGAUCGAAGCACCGUGUUGUGGAAUACGAUGAUCGCGGCAUACGGUAGAGCCAAAAAUAUUGAUCGCGCGCAAGAAUUAUUUGAUAGAACUCCUCAGAGAAACGAUGCCUCCUGGAACUCUCUUAUCGCAGUUUAUGCCAAAGACGGGGAUCUUGAUCGCGUCAGCUUUAUAUUUGAAAGGAUUCCUUGCGCUGACGCUUUCUCCUUGACGAGCGUAGUCACAUCUUAUGCGAAAGCUGGCGAAAUCGAAUCGGCAUCACAAUUGUUCAAUAAAAUGCCUGAGAGAAGCAUCCCAUGCUGGAACAUGAUGAUUUACGCAAAUGCCGAGUUAGGGCAUUUUGAUGUUGCUGAUUGCCUCUUUGCUGAAAUGCCCGAGAGGAACCAAGUCUCUUGGAAUGCGCUACUCAAGUCUCGAUCGCAACGCUCUAGAGAAAAGGCCGAGAUGGUCUUUGAGAAAAUGCCAUCCAGGGACGUGAUCUCCUGGACGACGCUGCUCACGAUCUAUGCCAACGCCAACAAUGGAUCAUCGCCAACAGCGCUCGUGGCCGCCGGGAUCAUCUUCGAUUCACUCAUCCCCGAGAGGAACGCCAUCGCCUGGAGCGUCUUGAUCCGCGCCUACGCCGAGAGAGGGCGGCUCUCCACCGCGAUGGAUGUCUUCUCCAGGAUGCCCCAGUGGAGCUCCUCGUCCUGGAGCUCCAUCAUCUCCUGCUGCGCGCAGCACGGCGAUCUCGACCAGGCCCACGCGAUGAUCCGGCAAGCCCCUCUAGAUCUAGAAACCAUCUCCUGGAACGCCAUCGCCUUCUCGCUCAUCGGCAUCGAGCACGAUCCCAGGGCCAUCUUCGACAGGAUGGAGAGGAGAAACUCCGGAUCCUGGCACGCGCUGCUCCAAUCCUACACUCGAUCCGGGCGGCUGGACGAUGCUCGCGCUGUUCUUGAUCGAUUCCCUGUCCUGGACGCACAGGCAUGGGGCGAGCUCGUCUCGGGCUAUGCCCAAGCUGGGUACCUCUCGGAGGCGCGGGACCUAUCCGAGCGAUCACCGGAGAGAGACGCCGCCUCUGCGGCGUCGCUAGUGGCGGGGUACGGCCAGAGUGGCUGGCUGGGCGAGGCAAGGGAGAUCUUUGACCGCUCCCCGAGGCGGUGUCCGCUGGCGUGGACCUCUCUCAUUCAAGCGUUCUCCAGCGGUCGCGACGCCGCGAGCGCCCGGUUCGCGUUCGAGAGAAUGCCUGCGUGGGAUUCCUCCUCGUGGAGCGCGAUGGUGGGAGCAUACGCACAGAAUCACCUGGUGGUCGAUGCCACCAUCGCGUUCCACCGUGCGCCCGAGCACGACACGGUGCUGUGCACGCUCAUGAUCUCCGCCUACGCCGCCGCCGGGGACACCACCCGCGCCACCAAGAUGUUCGAUCGGAUGCGCCACCGCAACGCCGUAUCGUGGGCCGUGGUCAUCUCCGCCACCGCCCACAAUGACUGCAUCGACCAGGCGGAGCUUCUGCUCGAUCGGAUGCCCCGGCACGGCUGUUCUUCGUGUAGCGCGGUGAUAGCCGGCUUGGCGAGGAGCGGGCGAGCGGAGAGAGCUCUCCAGCUGAUCACCGGAAUGGAAGAACAGAGCGUGGUGUCAUGGACUUCGACGAUCUCGGCGUAUGCGCAACUUGGGCAAAUGGAUCAAGCGAAGCGGUGCUUUGACCUUUGUCCACAGUGGGACGCCGCGUCGUGGACGUCGAUGGUCACGGCGUGGGCUCAGCAAGGAGAGCUCCAGGAAUCAAGGAGUUUCUUCGAUCGGAUUCCCGAGAGGACGGUGGUGUCGUGGAACGCGAUGAUGAUGGCGUAUUCUCAGCACGGGCAUACGAGCGAGGCAUCUACGGUGUUUCACGAGAUGAUCCUGGACGGGCUGUGCUUCCCGGACGAGAUCACAUUCACGGAGAUCUUGAUCUCCAGCAGCCACAGUGGGAGAUUGUCGCAGAGCCUGGAGUUCUUCGUGGCAAUGCAGGCGGAUUUCUGGAUCAAGCCCGUCAAGGAUCACUUCAACUGCAUGGCGGACGUGUUUUGCCGCUCGGGAUGGCUGGACGAGGCGACGGAGCUGCUGGGCCUCAUGCCUUUCCCUGCGGAUUUGUCUGCUGUGCUGGAUCAGGCGGAGGAUGCGAUCCGGAAAGUACCUCUCUUGAGCGAGCUCGAUGCACAAAAGGUUCAGGAGGAGCAAGCGAAGCUAGCGGAUGUCACAGCGCGGGUUCAAGAGGCCUUGCGCAAGCUGAAGAAACAAUCUUGUACUGGAAAAGAUGCGGGGGGAGCUCCUCAGCGAUUGCACGAGACAGGAAGCGGCGCUAGGGCAGCACAGAUCGAGCAGGGCAAGCUCGAAGCGGAUGUGAGAGCUCAAGAAGCGGCACUGGAGCAGCACAAGAUAUGGGACAGACCAGCUUCAACAAUCGUGUAA